CAACCGAAAGUAGUUCGACUGCUUCGACAACACCGCGAACCGCCGAAAAUACAACAAUUUCUUCCUCGAGUUCUUCAUCCACUACCUCUGUUGGUCCAAGCACUUCCGGUUCGAGAACUCACAACGAAUUACAGACACUAUUUCCCCAUCACUUCUCCUCCAAUUCUAGGUCUGCAAGUUACAAUAGAAAUCGUUCCAAUUCAAGGAAACGUAAGAGAAAUGGCACAACUAACAGUAAAUUCGACUGCUUCGACAACACCGCGAACCGCCGAAAAUACAACAAUUUCUUCCUCGAGUUCUUCAUCCACUACCUCUGUUGGUCCAAGCACUUCCGGUUCGAGAACUCACAACGAAUUACAGACACUAUUUCCCCAUCACUUCUCCUCCAAUUCUAGGUCUGCAAGUUACAAUAGAAAUCGUUCCAAUUCAAGGAAACGUAAGAGAAAAUCUAUUACCAGAAAAUUUGUGUGCUUGGCUGACAAAGAACAGUACGAAAUUCCAGACCGAGAAGAACAAAGAGAACUGUUAGUUGCAGGGCUAGGAGAGGUAAAGAUUGCCGUACCCGAGCAUGCCAAUGAAAAGGAUGUUCGGGACUUAUUAAUCGAGACCUUCGCCAAGUUAAAAGAUUGUGGUGGAUUUGAACUAAUGUAUGCUGAGACCCGAAGCAAAGAUUUACUACUCAUCCCACUUGGACCAGAUGGUUUGUCAAUGAAAUACAUUGCCUCAUUCAUAGGUCAAGGCAGAAUAUACAUUAGACCAAUCCAGCAAGACCUGCCACUCGGUGAAGAUAGUCCAUCGGCUGUCACGCAUAAAGAAGAAUGUAGGAACUGCCAUGAUAUGGUAGAUUUGAUUAGCUUAAGGGAUCACUAUAAACAUUGCAAAACAAAAGAUGAAGGUUUGUUUUUUAUGUUGUCUUUAUAUAAAUGUUCUGAUAUAAUAAUACACCCCCUUUUAUAGCAUCCUCUUCCCUUUGGUGGCACAACAUUUUAUAUUUGGUAUUGACAGGCAGAUAAGUUUUGUAUGUACAUGGAGUUUGCAAGGAGGCCAGCGCUUCCAUUUUCAAGAAAAUUCCCUUUUCAAAGGAAAUUUGACAACAAUGGAAACAAAGGAAAUUUGACAAAUGAGACAACUAGAUAAUUAUGUGAAUGAACUUAAGAACGUGUCUAUUUCUUCAAAAAGUUAAAAGUUGUCCAUUCAUAAUCUUUAUUUUUCUGUGUUUCCGAAGUUAGAGCGAAAAAGUGGUUAAAAACAUGUGCUUGUUUGAUUUUUUCAGCAAAUUUUGAAAAGUCCUUCAAAUUUCCUAUUUUUUUCUAAAUUUCCUUAAAUUUUAAAUUUCCUUCACCUUUCCUUCAUAAAGCCAAAAUUUCCUUCUCAAAGAAAAUUUGGGUCUGAAACAUGUGUUUUCCAUUUUUCAUGAAACUGUAUAGAGCCACCUUAACGCACAUAAUGAUAUUAAAAUUUACAGUAGGAAGCUGUAAGCAAAUUUAUGCGCCCAAAUGUACCCACUUCAGUGUUUUAGUUUGUACUAUUGAAAUUGAAUGUUGUGACUGGUUCAUUUUAUAUGCUGUGGCUACUAAGAUACCCAUGCAAAACUGUAUUUUUGGCCUCCAAGCCCUCCAUUCCUUUUCCCUCCUGAUUAUUUUUUAAGUGAUUCAAUCCCUCAACCUUUAGAUUCAGAGAAUGAUGUGGAUGAUAGUGUGCUAGAAAUCCCAGCGUUUGGUUUAUCGUCUGUCAAUUCUGACAAUGAUCUGUCCCCCGUACAAACUUGGAAUACAAGCAGGAACAAUGAUGUGCCCCCUGUGCAUAAUGUGCACAUUAUUAGUAACAAUGAUGUGUCCCCAGUGGAGUCUUUGCAUACAAGUAAUAUUGCAGCUCAACGUAGUCAAGCAUGUGAUGAAGAGUAUGAAAAUUAUGUUGAAAUAAUAGAUGAUGAGUUAAGUGAAGAUAAUGAAGAUCCUGAACUCAUUGAAGCAAUUGAAGCAAGCCUUGCCGAGGUUUCUGAACAGAAGAAUGGUACCCUCGAAGAUGAAAGCUAUUCAGUACAAUCGAUUUUGGGUACAUUUCAGACUAAAAACCUAGACUAUACUGAAUCGGAGGCGAAUGCCAACAUCACUAUUAGCCGAAAAGCGAUUUUUGCAACAGCUCGAAAGGCAAUAGACAGGAGGAGGUUCUCAUUUUUAAAACCAGUCUUCGUCACUUUCGCUGGGGAAGAGGCUGUUGAUGAAGGGGGGCCAAAGCGUGAAUUCUUCCGGCUUUUAAUGCGUGAAAUUUGCGAUUCAUCAAUUUUCCAUGGUUCUUGGUUCUCCCAUGAUCUUGGUCUCUUGGCAGAUAACAGAUAUGAAUUAGCUGGGAAGUUAGUUGCAUGGAGCAUACUGCAUGGCGGAAGCGGUCCACGUUGUUUGUCGGUUACGGGGUUUGAUUUUCGCACGAGUGUGGAAGUUAACCACAAAGUUGCAAUUGAAUCCGUUGCUGACCAUGAAAUGAAGGAGAUCCUUGGUAAAGCUGUUGAAUGUUCAACGGAAGAAACAUUUUCGGCACUGGUAACGAAAUAUGGUGACAAGAUUGCACAAUAUAGAUCGGAACCCUAA